CUGCAUUUUCUUUAUCCUUCACUGACUCACAAUCUAGAUAAGUGCAUUCUUGGUCCUUUACAUCAGUAUGUUAUUUUAGAUACAUUUAAAUAAGUAAAAUAUGGUAUACAUUUCAUUAUAAUCGAUUUGACAAAAUCGAGUUUAGGAGAAAUCUCUGUUCGGAAUUGCUUACGCAGCGGGGCAUCAACCCACUUGUUCAUUGCAAGUGGCAUCCAAUUAUAGGUAUAUAAAGUGCAACUAUAGUUAUACACAACGGCGUCAGAGGGUGAAGGAAUCUUCAGUGAACACACGCCACUAAUGGACGGACACGUUGGCGCAAGUAGCAGUACGCGAUUGAGUGCCAGUGGCGGUGUGGAGCAUCGGAAGCGCCAACAACAUAACAACUAUGGCUCAAAUGAACAAGUGGAUGGGGCUAUAUUAGAUGUACCUAAUGUAAUAGUACGUUCCGCAAGAUCGAGAUCCGGACCAGCAGAUUUACAAACUAGUGGAGGUGGAUCCGGAGGUAGCGCAAACAAUGCGCCCCAUCAUCCCACUGCCGAAGAGGCAGAAGAAGAGGGCUUGAAAUACGGCGCUCAGCAUGUUAUUAAAUUAUUUGUGCCCGUCUCGCUUUGCAUGCUAGUUGUGGUGGCCACUAUAAAUGCCGUGAGCUUCUACUCUACCACAGAUGUCUAUCUUUUGUAUACGCCGUUCCACGAGCUAUCUCCUGAUCCGGGGGUCAAAUUUUGGAAUGCUUUAGCCAACUCUAUGAUUCUUAUGGUUGUUGUUGUAGUAAUGACUAUUUUGUUGAUUGUUCUAUACAAAAAACGAUGCUACAAAAUAAUACAUGGCUGGUUGAUACUCUCGUCGUUCAUGCUACUCUUCAUUUUUAGUUAUCUAUAUCUAGAAGAGUUACUACGAGCGUAUAAUAUUCCCAUGGAUUAUCCCACAACGAUAUUGAUACUUUGGAAUUUCGGAGUCGCUGGAAUGAUGGCCAUACAUUGGCAAGGUCCAUUGCGUUUACAGCAAGGCUACUUAAUUUUUGUUGCUGCCUUGAUGGCACUGGUAUUUAUUAAAUAUUUGCCUGAAUGGACUGCAUGGGCAGUUUUAGCUGCCAUAUCUGUGUGGGACUUAAUUGCUGUUCUUUCCCCGAGAGGGCCUUUGCGUAUUCUGGUAGAGACAGCUCAGGAACGCAAUGAACAAAUAUUUCCCGCUUUGAUUUACUCAUCCACUGUUUUGUACACCGUCAUGGGUGUUUCGCAUCCUGAUGCUGCAAGCGGUGACAAAAGUGUGGAGAGCGUCGAGAAUGGCAUUCAACAUGCAGUCAGUGAGGAGCAUGCUUCUUCCUCCGCCGGCCCGGCACGUCGCACAGGUAAUACCAAUAACAUGGUGAAUGACGAUGCCGCCCAGGCCGCCGAAGGUAUGCCACUUGUCACAUUUAAAAUCCGCGGAAAUGAAGCCGGCUUCACUCAAGAAUGGACAGAUGGUCGUAGUGAACGUAUUUCACAUCGCCAAAUUGAAGUACAGGCUAGCAAUGGUCAAAAUGCCAAUCGGUCAACUGAGUAUCGCACAACCACUACUUCCGUGAACACCUCCAUAUCCCCACUCGAGGCGCAAGAACGCGGCAUCAAACUCGGUCUCGGUGAUUUUAUUUUUUACUCUGUAUUGGUUGGUAAAGCAUCUAGCUAUGGCGAUUGGAUCACUACUAUUGCAUGCUUUGUGGCCAUAUUAAUUGGACUUUGUUUAACACUUUUGUUGUUGGCCAUUUGGCGCAAAGCUUUACCAGCCUUACCUAUCUCAAUUACAUUUGGUUUGAUAUUUUGUUUUGCCACCAGUGCUGUGGUGAAGCCGUUCAUGGAGAGUUUGUCCGCGAAACAGGUGUUUAUAUGAAGACAAUUUCCAUAACUUUACCUUAAAAUAUUCCAACUAUUAUACUGUAUUAUAGAGUAGAUAAAGCAUAGCUGAAAAAAAUUAUGAA